CAAGCAGCGUCGUAAAGUGUGUCGCCUGAGGCGAUCUACGUCGUCACUACAACACAUUCCUUUCAGUCAGCCAUGAACUACAAGCGGCAGCCCGAGGCAUGCCGGGAACACAGGAUGCAUGCCGGGUAUUGUAGUUUGCAGCAGGAAGGCGGAAGUGCGGUGCCUGUGCUGGAUUGGGACCAUGGAGCAGUGAUCAGCAGUUCACACGGGACCAGGACAUCGGGUCCUGACUUACAACACUGAUGCCUUAUGAAUCCCUACACACUACUGGAAUGUAAAGAGUCUAUGAACCCCCUGCGGAUCAGUGUGGGUGGCCUCCCUGUUUUGGCUUCCAUGACAAAGACUGCAGACCCCCGUUUCCGGCCACGCUGGCGUGCCAUUGUAGUGUCCUUUUUAGGCUUAGCCUUAUUGCUGUUGCUGCUGUGCUUCCAUCGAUCUUCAAACCCGAGGACUGUAUUACCUAAUGUUCACAAUUGGAAGAUGGUUCAACCCUUAGCUGGUGAACUGUAUAAUGACACCUACCCACUCUCUCCAGCCCAGAAGACUCCGGAUGGUCUUCGGUAUCAAAUUGCCGUUAUUGCAGACUUAGACACUGCCUCUCGCAGCUCCAAAGAAAGCACUUGGGUCAGCUAUCUGAAGAAAGGUCACCUAACACUUUUCAAUAGUGGCAACCGAGUUACAGUAGAGUGGGAGAAAGAGGACAUUGUCUUAGAAACACACUUGGCAGAAAAAGGGAGAGGAAUGGAACUGUCUGAGCUAAUAGUUUUUAAUGGAAAGUUGUAUUCGGUGGAUGAUCGUACAGGUGUUAUCUACAGGUUGGAUGGAAACAAAGCUGUACCAUGGGUCAUACUGACAGAUGGAGAUGGCUCGGUGGAUAAAGGUUUUAAAGCUGAGUGGCUUGCGGUGAAGGAUGAACUCUUGUAUGUUGGGGGACUUGGAAAGGAGUGGACAACCACUACUGGCAAGGUCCUAAAUGAAAACCCUGAAUGGAUAAAGGUAGUAGGGCCCCACGGGGACGUACAACACCAAAACUGGGUUCCCAACUACAACUUGUUACGAGAAGCUGCUGGAAUAAAGCCCCCAGGUUACUUGAUCCAUGAAUCUGCUGCAUGGAGUGACUCCCUGCAUAGCUGGUUUUUCCUGCCACGCCGAGCCAGUAAGGAAAGGUACAGUGAGAAAGAGGAUGAACAGCGUGGUGCGAACAUCCUUCUCCGAGCGUCUGCGGAUUUCUCCGACAUAACACUAUCUCACGUGGGGACACACAAUCCCACCCAUGGAUUCUCCUCCUUUAAAUUCAUCCCAGGCACAGAUGAUCAGAUCAUUGUUGCUCUAAAGUCAGAAGAAAACAAUGGUGAAGUGGCUACAUACAUCACAGUCUUUAUUUUGGAUGGUCGAAUCCUAUUACCCGAGACUAAGAUUGGUGACGUUAAAUAUGAGGGAAUUGAGUUCAUCUGAUGAUAUGUCCUUUUGGUAUCAAAUUCGUGAACAAAGAAAACCAAACACCAUUUUACCAUUGUUGAUAAUAUUUAUGAAUAAAAUGAUGAAAUGGAUGGCGGUGACAGAUUAAUCCAAUUGUUGACAAUGUAUCUCUGAAAUACCAAGUGGUGGCUGUCUUCUGGCCUUUUUAUUAAAAAAUAUUUUUAGUAA